AAGAGGAACUCAGCCAAGCAACAGGCUUCCUGCUUUGUACUCCCAGCAAAGUGAGCAGAGAAAGGCGGCAGAAUGGCUCUAUCUGGGAGAAUCCUCAUCGGUCUCCUCCUCUACUUGCGGCAAGGUCAGACACGACUGACUUGUGAAAUCCACCAGGAGCCGCUGAUGACUGUUGCGGUGGUGAAUGAAGAGGUGAGCUUCCAGUGUGAGUAUAAAUGUGAAAGCACCAACAGAUCAGCACCCCUGACUAAGGCCAUCUCUGUCACCAUGCUGCUCUGCAAGGAUACGCUCACCCGCCCUCUGCAACAAUCUAAGGACUCUAUUCUUUCUAAAGUGGUUAAGGAAUGGAAUCUGACUGUGAAGAGCACAGACAGCAGUGGGAUGUAUUACUGUGCCAUGAAAGACCAGUCCAACACCUUCAGAGGGAGAGGGACAUUAUUGCAUGUGAAGGUGAGCCAGCAGCCUCAGCAUCAGGUGUUGACGAAUACAUUAACAGGGAUCUCCACAGCCCUGGCGAUCUACAGUGUGUCCGUCACAGUGAUCGUGCUUGUCAAAAGGAAGACCUGGUCGUGCUGUAAAUCCUGCUGGAUGAAAACUCGCAGUGGGAACGUCACUAAGAAGAAACGGUCAACCACUGAGAGUUUAGGAGGGCAAGUGGCUUGCCCACCAGAAGAUGACAAUGCAUACAUGACACUCAGGAGUCCCCAGGAAUCGAUAUACAACAAGCUCCACGAUGCUGUCAGCACAGGAAGCACCUCUGCAGCAACGACGUCACCAAAGAGGAAGCACGUGGAGCCGGCGGUGGCUGACGCUGAGGUCUACGAGUGUGUCUAUGAGGCUUAUUGAGUCCGGCUCCGGCAGGGAACAGCGAGGAGUAACCCGUCGUCCCGUGCCACGCGCCUGCUGCAGAGGCUGUAACUUGCCCAGUACACCUCCGGACUGUACGAGGAAUCUGGAAACCCCAUGCAUUCGACGGGGAGGACAUUAGGAGGCUCCUUGCGGAUGCCGGGUUUGAACUCUGAACUACGGCCCCAGAUGUAAUGGUGUCGCGCUAACCGCCGUCCCUGUCUGAAAUCUCCGUCGCGCUCGCACUCUGACCUGUCAGUCUCUGAUACCUGCUCUGUUCUGACAGAGCCCAAAGUUCAGCACCCCAUCUUCCCCCUGGAAAAUCAGAGCGUUUCUGCUCCACAGUUUCUACUGAUCAUCAGCUAGUCCAAUCUGGUACCUCGUCCCUGCAUCCGACAGUCCGAAUCUGGUGCCCCCCACGUUUUGUUUCACCACCUCCUGUAUACACCACCCACAGAGAUUCAUCCAGAAAUUGGAACCAUCCCAGUUAGUGCGUUAACCUUGCCAGGACUGGCCCCACUGCGGUGCAGGUGGUGAAGAGGACUAGCCGAAGUCCCAGCAUGCACAGAAAGUCAGCAAAUCUGGCAGCGUCUAUGAAUGGGAUAGAAGAGUCAAUGCUUUGGGUGAGACCCUUCAUUAAACCCUGGUGAAGGGCCUCGGCCCAAAGCGUCGACUGUUUAUUCCCCUCCAUGGACGCUGCUUGACUUGCUGAGUUCCUCCAGCAUUUUCCGCCUGUUGCUCAAGGCUUUCAGCAUCUGCAGAACCUUGCGGUUAUUGCCGAAGUGUGUGUUUCUCAGCACCAUUGCAACUGAGAUGGUUCAUUGAGUUGUGGGUUGGGGGACGUAAUCAGGCCCUAAAGAGCCGUCUCCAGGACUGCCACAGACCAACCACAUUAACGACAAAGAGGGGAUCUUCAUAUUCUGUUGCCCCAGGCCACUGCCCUGACAGGGCCACACAUUGUGACCUGUGGCGUCCCACUCUGAAAGUGGAAUAGUCAAUGAGGGAGCAGGGUAGCACCAAGAAUAGGCAUCUGUUAGUCUUGUGAGACCAUGGAUUUGCGCCUUGGAAAGUUUCCAGGGUGCAGGCCUGGGCAGGGUUGUAUGGGAGACCGGCAGUUGCCCAAGCUGCAAGCCUUCCCCUCUCCACGACACCAAUGUUGUCUAAGGGAAGGGCACUAGAACCCAAGCAGCUUGGCACCGGUGUUGUCGCAGAGCAAUGUGUUGUUAAGUGCCUUGCUCAAGGACACAACGUACUGCCUCAGCCAAGGCUCGAAUCAGUGACCUUCAGAUCACUAGACCUUAUCCACUAGACCACAUGCCAACACUGCAGCAAGAAGCAUUAAAUAUAAAGGCUCCUUAUGGUGAGGGAACAAGAAAAAGGCUUGUCCCAGAAUAAUGACCUUUCAAAUAUGAGAUCACAUUGCAGGGAUCAAGGUCAGAAUGGAGACUCUUUAAUGUGAGCUUUAAUCUGGGGGUUUCGGCAGCUGGGCUCCUCGUUUUUUUUUGAGGCUUGGAGAUGAGACCGAGACCCGAUAUUGCCACAGGUUUAACUGACCCAUGAGGAAGUGGGGGUGCCAGUGGGAGAUAACCUGAAGUGCCUGGUCCAGCUCCAAGAGCUUCAUCUGGAAAUGACUGCUAGUGCAGUGCACUCCUGGGUGAAACCAAUGUUGGAUCAUGCAGCGAGGAGAAAUCUCACUCCAAUCAGUGCCAUCGGUGGCCCAGUCACUUCCCUCGGUGAGGCUAACACUCAGCCAGAGCCAAGUGUACGGUAGCUAUGUCCACAGCAACCCAACGAAAUAGCACGUUAAAGUCAAGCCUCCGAGCUUUGAUUAUUAGACAGAAACCAUCGCCAGCAAACUCCACAAAAAUGUAAAUUAAAGGUGUGCACAA